GGCAAUACUCGCUUCUUUCCCUGAGGAUGCGCGCGUUUUCAUCACCUUCGCUUUUGCACACGGAACGCCGUCGUUGACCACCCAAGAGGCUUCCCAGACCGCUCCAAGCCGACGCAUGAGGCUCCAAGACGGCCCCAAGACAGGCCACGAAUGCCCCGGGCGGUCCGAAACGGCGCAACAAAACGCCCCGAGAGGGUCCCAAUAGGCUGCAAGAGCGAGAGAGAGAGAGAGAGAGAAGACUCGAUCUCACAUCUCGAGGCCCGAGGCCUCCUCAUCCAGAAGGCGGACUCCUUGGCGGGCGAGGCGGCGGCAUCCUACGAGAUCUCAGAGGCGCAGAUGGGCUGCUACAACUGGGCGAGGGCCACGGCACACUUGGUGAGGACACGCAUCGGCCAGGCGUACAUGGAGCAGUUCGAGAAGACCAAGCCCAUGACGUGGGAGGAAAAGGCCGAGGCGAAAAGCAAGAGGAAGAAGACACUGGACGAGAAGAACAACUACGUGUACCUGAGGCAGCACACCCCACACCUACUGCAACCAGAAGGGCGAACAUGGAGAUGUGCGAGAUGCAAGGAAUCGAUCGGGAAGCACCAGAGGUCACGGCAGGUGAAGUGGUGGCUGCAACAAUGCAAAGGCGAAGGUCAGACUCAAGACGAGCGUCAAGAAGGAGCUCAGCGCAACCUGGUCCUCAAGGGAAAGAUCUCCCACCACACGCACGUCAUCUGCUGGUCCAGGCACAAGGAGCGGCACUUCUGCUGGAGCUGUGGUGCUACGGCGGAGAAGCACCUGAGCAACAAGAUGGUGAACAGCUGCGAAGGGUGGCCAGCGGGCCAGGCAUCAAGGUACGCACUGAAGUCACUCAGACGAAAGAUGGACUGGGCACCAGGAGCAGGAGAUAGAUGGAGCAAAAACACCAUGGUAAAGUUCACGAAGUCCGAGCAGCAUAAGAGCAACGCGAGGGACCACGCGAGGGACCACGCCUCGAGUCAGAACGACGAGAGGUCGGUCGCCAGUGGGCCGUCAGCCCGCAGGGGCACCGUGAGAUUUCACUAUUGCAAGAGAGUUGUGCCAUGAAUGCAGUUGUCGAACGGAUCUUGAUCGACUGCUGCAAGGAGGCACCUGACCGACGGCCACGGAGGCCCCGUGGACUGCGAGAAGGACGGCGGCGACAUCCGCGUGCCGUCCAUCUGAUGGCGCCGCACCGCCGGAGAAGGCCUCGGCGAGGUGGCCCGGCGUGGAGCCCAGCCUCUUCCCCUCGCCGAGGUCGGCGGAGGGCCGCGGCCUUCCGACCCCAGCGGCGACGAGCGUGCCCAGACAUGAUCGCGUCGCG